CUCAAUUAUGACUGGUAAAUUUUCAUCUAGUCCUACCGAAUCUAGUAGGUCGGAAUCUUCUCAUAAUUCCAAAGAACUGUUUGGUGGUAUUGACUGCGGGGAACCUUUGUUAUCUCAACGGAUUAUAAUCGACUUCACUCCUGAUGAGGAAGACACUGAUCUUGUUCAAAAGAAGUGUGUUAUGUUUUGGGAGUUUUUGAAAUGUACUACAGAGCUGGAGGCUUUGGAUACUGUACCUGAUUACAAUGUGUAUGACGAUACAUCAUCUCCAACAAGCAGUGGUGUUCCAAUAAAACCUGAUUCACCAGAAAAUGUUAUAGUUAAAGAGAAAACAGCGGUAUCUAUGCUUGAAUUAGUGGAAGGAAAAGGUCUGAUAGACAAGGCGUUUGAGGGAAAGUUGCCGCAGUCGUAUUGUUCCCUGGGACUUGCGCAAUAUUCUGAAGAGGAUUCCGUUCAGAAUGUUGCUCAACGGGCAGAUACAGAAAAUGGAAAGUCGAAAAAAGUGAAGAAACGUGAUAGGAAGAUAUCUGCUGAUGGCACGGUUAAAAAGAUGUGUGAAAAACUUGAGAUGUGGGACGCGCAGCAUCCUAAAUACAUGGAGCCACCCGGUCAUUCUCAAACUUUAAUAUAUUGCAAAAAGCCUAAAAAAUAAUCUUGAUGUAACAAUUUACUUAAAUUUAUUUAUUGUUUUCUAAAUAUAAUAAUUGUA